AUGGAUUCAGACGAUGAUUUCAUGACGGAUGCUUCGAGCCCGGAUGAUUUUCUGGAUACCCAGGGAAGUGAUGAUGAGAGUCUAGGCGAAGAUUUCGGCGAUGAGUUCGACGGCGGAUUCUCGCAGGACAAGGAUAUGCUCGGGAAAUCAAAAAAGCCCUACGAAGUUGACUUCAGAGUCUUGAGCCCAGAGGAUAUCGACUGGGAGCAGAGCCAGCAGGUCAACGAGGUCUCACAGAUUCUGGGCCUGCCACCAGAAUCGGCAGCCAUUCUACUACGAUUCGGGAAAUGGAAUCGGGAAAAGCUCAUCGAGUCUUACAUGGAUCAUCCCGAGAAGACUCUGGAGGAUGCCGGUCUGGGGAUGAAUCUUGAUGUGACACCUAAGACAGAAGUUGUACCCGGGUUCAUGUGCGAUAUUUGCUGCGAGGAUGGGGACGAUCUAGAGACAUAUGCCAUGCGCUGUGGGCAUCGCUUUUGCGUCGACUGCUACCGACAUUACCUUGCGCAGAAAAUCCGCGGGGAAGGGGAGGCAGCAAGGAUAGAAUGCCCGGGAGAGGGCUGUCAUAUGAUUGUAGACUCAAAGUCUCUCGGUCUCCUUGUCACCGAUGACCUCAAAGAGAGAUACUCAACACUCUUGAUGCGGACGUAUGUGGAUGACAAGGAGAAUCUCAAGUGGUGUCCGGCUCCUAAUUGCGAGUAUGCGGUGAACUGUCACGUCAAGCAGCGCGACCUCAACCGCAUCGUGCCUACGGUACAAUGUGCCUGCAGGCACUUCUUCUGCUUUGGCUGUACGCUUAAUGACCACCAACCAGCGCCAUGCACCUUGGUCAAGAUGUGGCUCCAAAAGUGUGAAGACGACUCGGAGACCGCUAACUGGAUCUCGGCCAACACGAAAGAGUGCCCGAGGUGCCAUUCAACGAUCGAAAAGAACGGAGGAUGCAACCAUAUGACGUGCCGUAAGUGCAAGCAUGAGUUCUGCUGGAUGUGCAUGGGCUUGUGGUCCGAGCACGGUACCAGCUGGUAUAACUGCAAUCGCUAUGAAGAGAAAUCCGGAUCGGAAGCUCGGACCGCGCAGGCGAAGUCUCGAGCGUCGCUCGAACGGUAUCUGCAUUACUACAACCGAUACGCCAACCACGAGCAGUCUGCGAAGCUCGACAAAGAUCUCUAUCUCAAGACGGAGAAGAAGAUGACGAGUCUGCAGUCCCAGUCGGGGUUGUCAUGGAUCGAGGUGCAGUUCCUCGAUACGGCGUCCCAAGCACUCCAGCAAUGCCGACAGACCUUAAAGUGGACGUAUGCGUUUGCAUACUACCUUGCUCGGAACAAUCUGACGGAGAUCUUCGAGGAUAAUCAGAAAGAUUUAGAGCUCGCGGUAGAGAGUCUUAGUGAGAUGUUUGAGAAGCCCGUACCGGAGCUGGCUAGCCUGAAGGUUGACAUUUUGGAUAAAACGGCCUACUGCAAUAACCGGCGGGUGAUACUCUUGAGCGACACGGCCGAGAACUUGAGACAGGGUAUGUUGCAGUUUCCCUUGACGUCUCCGAACCUGACUUAUGAAGCUGACCGUUUUGAUUCUCCAGGAGUAUGGUCGUUUAAUGUCGAAUGGUAG